AGCCAGAAGACCACUUCUCUGAGGACGUGCCUGUCCUCUGUUUAAAAAACUGCAGAUGUGGCAUGCCAAAGAUCCUGGAAUCAGUGGGUCAUUUCAUUUGCGAUGUUGCAUGAAGACCGCUGGAGAAGACAACGGCAGUCAGUGAGAAAAGAGAUUGCCAUUGCUGUCUGAGGUUCAAAAAACAGAAAAUUAUUGAGCAAUGAUAUAGUACAAGAUCACCAAUCUCAAAUUUUACGUCUCUGGUUCAGUCAAAUCACUACCACCCCACUGAUCAAGAUGUUUGUGCUGGAUGAUGAGCAAACUGGUCUUCCAGAGAAAAGUGGUCUCUACUAGUCUACCAGAGGAAAGGAAAGCUACUGAAUGAAAAUAAUCAAGGUUUAAUGCCUGGCAUUGAUCACAGAUUGCCCUUCUCAGAGAGCAUGCAUUCUCAGACCAUCUCAGUGAAGACUAGUGAUGGCAAACUCUCCAUUAGAAACUCAUGAAGAAGAACAUAAAUUUCAUUCACCGCUUUCAGUUCCUCAAACUUCAUGGAGAGUCAACUGCACUACGACACAAGUUUCAACACCAUCCUCAGAAACAACCUGCCCUCCUCUAACCUGACAACUGAUUCAGUCAACACGACACACUCUGUCAGUGUGUUUGGAGGGUGUGAACAAAUGGUGAGUGGUAUCAUUUUUGACCUAACUAUGCAAUCCUUUAAUGUGAUCAUAGGAAUACCAGCCAACAUCCUGGUCCUCGCAAACCUAAUUAACACCCGGAAUGAACCUUUAACUUCCGACAUCUUCCUGGGCUGCCUGGCUUUCAUGGACACCUACUUUGGAUUCAUGACAAUCAUAUCAUUCCUCAAUCUCUACCAUUGGAGAAGUGCUAUGGGUUGGAUGGCUUUGAAGUUCUCCUAUGGUGUGAAGGACACCAGUGGGCCGCUUUUCCUCUCCUGCGUCUGUCUGGAUCGCUUUAUAGCCGUUCUCUUCCCCAUCGCAUUCGGACAGUUCAAGGACAUCAAAUACAGGAUCGGCCUGACCAUCGUGAUUCUGCUGCUCACUUUUGCUUAUGCUUCGGCCAAAACUGUUGGUGGCCUCCCAAACUUUGAGAAGGUUUUCACUGGUGAGGUCUUGUUUGCUUUCACCUGGAUGGUGGUGUGUAACGUGGCCAUCCUCUGGGCCCUGAAACGCUCACGAGGUUCUGGUAAAGAUGAGAUGAAUCCUAUGAAAAGAAAGGCUUUUAAGAUUGUGCUGUCUAUCUUGAUCAUAAUCAUAAGCAACUAUCUCCCUCCAGUGGCUCUGUUCCCCUUUGAAGACCAUUAUCCACAUCAGGUCUUUAGUUGCUAUGUGCAACCAGUAUGUUUUGCCUUCUUAAACAUCAGCAGCACUAUCCAGCCUUUAACUUACUUGUCCCGCUUAGAGAAAGUACCAUUCUUGCCUGAAUCUUGUGUGAAGAAAUUAAGCUGCAAGGAAAAAGAGAAGCCCUCAAAGGAAUGACAUCUCCCUGAAACAGAGUCUGAAAUAUGCUGUUAAAAUUAUUUAACAUGCUACUCUAGUAGUAACAAAUUUCCAUAGUUCACCAGUUUGCUACGUAUACCUGUUAUAAUCAUAUAAUCUAUUAUAAAUUGAACUUGGAUAUUUGUAGCUAUAUAUAUAUAUAUAUAUAUUUAUAUAUUUAUAUAUUUGUACUGGAGGUUUUAGACUCUCUUUCAGUUAUGUCUUUGAUUAACUGCAACACUGAAUUCAUUUUCUCAAACCAUGCAGUUAUACAUUAGUUUCUAACUUUCUAAGCAUUAAUAUAUAACUAUUUAUAUUACAGCAGAAUUGAAUUUUGUUUGCAUCAUUUAAUCACCGUUUUCUUGUCUAUAACUGUAAAGCUGCUUUAAAACAAUCUGUACUGUAUAAAGAGCUAUAUAAAUAAAAUAAAGGUGACUGUGAAUAAAACUGAAUAGAACAUUCAAAGGUUCAUUUAAAGACUUGUGGCGCCACCAUGUGUAACAGAGCAAAAAUAAGGAAAGUCUUCUAUGGAAAGUUG